AUGUUGAUCUCAGCAAAAAAUGACUUUCGGACUAAUUGGUCGGAUAUAGACUGCAAUGACUUCGAUGAAAUAUAUGAAAUUCAAAAUAAUUUUUUAUGGCGACAUCGUGGUGAAAACUAUGUUCUACUAUUAUAUGGUUUAGUGUGCUGUUUUGGAGCAAUAGCCAACUUAUUUGUUUUGAUUGCAUUUUUGCGUACGUCACAUCUGCGUAACUUACGCAAUUACUUUAUUGCAAACUUAGCUGUGUCUGAUUUCUUGCUUUGCGUUAUUACUGCACCAGUCACUGUUUAUCUUACUAGAAAUUUGUUUUGGCCAUUUGGGAAAUUCUUAGCUUCGGUGCAAGCUGUAAAUAUGUUUGUGUCGUGCAUGACACUUGUACUCAUCGCUAUGGAUCGAGUUUUGCUAACCUUAUGUCCAAUUAAAUGGAGGCUUGCUGCAACAGCUCCAAUACUGUGCUACUGCAUCGUUUGGAUUACAUCACUUAUAGUAGCUGCACCAUAUUUUUUUGCAGUCAAUUCCGAAGAUGUAAUGCUUGAGCCAUGGAAUCAAAAAUAUGUUCAAGUCAUGCUUCAUGUAUGUGGACGUAAACGACCACAGAUGUGUAUUGAAAAAACAUGGCAUCGAUUGCCAUUUUCAAGACGUACAUAUACACUUUCUGUUUUGGCUAUUCAGUAUUUAUUACCACUUGCAGCAUUAGCGUUUAGUUAUUUACAAAUUGGUUCCGCUAUUCGUAAACGUAUUGAAACCAGUACAACUGUAAAUCAACAACGCCGACGACUUAUGCUUCAAAGAAACAGAAGAGCUUUGUUGUUAUUGUUGUUACUGGUAUUAAUUUAUGCUGUAGCAUGGUUUCCAAUGAAUGCUUAUAAUGUACUUAAUGUUCUCAACGUAAUUGAAUUCUCGCAGUACAGAUAUUUAUUUUGUCACUUUAUUGGCAUGACAUCUGCAUGCAUGAAUCCUAUCAUGUAUGCAUUGAUUAAUGACAGCUUUCGAGCAGCAUUCAUUUCCCUUCUACGGCCAAUUGUUCACCCAUGUAUCAGAUAUACCAAUCUUUCAACACAUCAGCAAAAUACUUACACUUUUUCUCUUAAUGGACACCACCCACCCAAGCAACCUAAAAAUUUUACGUCAUACCCAUUAGUGAACGAUUUUGGACAGAACUCUGAUAUUUAA